AUGACAGGCCUCGACCCUCGCACGGAUAAAAUCCUCCAGAUAUGCUGCUUCAUUACCGACGCGGACCUCAACCUCCUCGAUCACACUGGAUUCGAAGCCGUUAUCCACCACCCCAAAUCCGUCCUUGACAACAUGAAUGACUGGUGCAUCGACACGCAUGGCCGGUCAGGGCUGACGGCUGCUGUGGCCGCGUCGAAGACCACCCCGACUGCCGCCGCGGAGGGCCUCCUUGCCUAUAUCAAGAAACACGUGCCGCAGAAACGCACGGGAUUGCUUGCGGGUAAUAGUGUCCAUGCGGACAAGGCGUUUUUGGCCUGCGAGCCAUAUGCAAUGGUCCUCGAAUGGCUGCAUUAUCGGUUGCUCGAUGUGAGUAGUGUUAAAGAGGCGGUGCGGCGGUGGGGGGAUGAGGAGGUGUUGAGGGAUGCCCCGAAGAAAGAGUUAUUGCAUUUAGCCAGGCAAGACAUCCUGGAGAGUAUUGAGGAGAUGAGAUAUUAUCGCCAGGUAUUAUUUGGGAAGAGUUGA